AUGGCUGCACCCUCGACACCACCCGAGAACAAGACAUGCCACCUCCUAGAACUGCCAGCGGAGCUACGCAACACCAUCUACCGCUACACACUAUGCGCCGAGGAAGAGAUAGCAAUCACCAGCGACAGCAACAACUGCCACCAACCCGCACUGCUACGCACAUGUCGUCAGGUCCGGCAAGAAGCUGCACCCAUCUACUACCAUGAAAAUGAGAUCACCAUCGACGCACCAGACUUCGACCCUAGCCUCAUAAUUGCCUUUUGGCAGCAUGCAGGUCGUCAUAUCCCAUUCGACAAGCGGAGCAAGGUCUUGAUUGACAUCGGCAGAAAUGUACGGAGCUGGAACAAUCUACUCAGUUGGGUGAAGGCGUUCUGGGAUGGGAGGGUGACUUACAUGGUACCUGGUGAUCCCGGCGACUAUGAGUGGAAUGCUGGAGCAGGCGCAUUUGCUAUUGCGAUCAAGGUGAAGGCGAUGAAGGGGGCUUGGGCAGAUGUGGAGGAUUGGUUGGAGAUCUAUAAGAUGGCGACUAACAUUAUGAUUGGAUGGGAGUAG